UUAUAAAAGUAACAGUAUGAAAACCAUCUCAAAACAAGAUGUGCUCUGCUGCGUCCCAGAAGUAUGUAAACCCCCAACAUACAACGCUAAGUCCUCAAAACAUGUAUGUUGGAGGCAACGGAUUCGCUCGUAAUUACAACAUGUCGCCGUCUACCAAGCAAUCUUCUAUAUCACCUAUAUCAAUACAAAUGAUUAUUUUAAUUUUUUCUGUUUCAUUGUGCAUAUUCAGUUGUCUGUUGACUGUUACAUUAUCUUACAAAUGGCACAUAGACACUAAUCAACAAAUCAAUCGACUUGUAGGUACCGUUGAAGAUGCAAUUAAUGAUUUAAAUACCUUUACUGACAUAGUUAGAAAUGAACUUGUGGCAAAACAUGUAAGUAAUACAUACAAAGAUCAAAACAAAGUUAAAAUUGAUGGAAAUGAAUAUGAAGAUUUAGAAGAGGACUAUAAUGAAGGAGACGAUCGAUUUAUGGGCAGAGACUUAUCGGACAAUAAUUGGCCAGCAAAGACAUAUCAGGCAAAUGAACCACACGCACCACCAAAAUUUCGUGAUCGACGCAACGCUGUGAUUGAUGCAACAAAUAUUAUAGUGAAAAAUGAAUUAAAUAGCUCAAAAAAUGAAAAGGCUGAUGUAGAAAUAAUUCAAGAAGAAAAUACAGUAAAGACUUAUAGUCGAAGAAAGUCUAAAAAAAUGGGAAUGUUAAAAAAAAAAGUAUCCAUGGAAUCCGAAGAUGAAGAAUCAUAUGAAGAUUUUAAAGAAACUCAAGAAAUUGUAGCAGCACAUUUUACAAGUGAUUCAUCAAAAUACAGUACCAAAACACAUCCACAUUACAAUGGAAAUGGACGUUUGAAACAUCCAGAUGGUGAUUUUAGAGACUGGACCCAAUAUCUUUGGGGACUAAAUACGAACAACGCAAAUCAUCUCACAAUGAAAAAUGGAAAAGUUGAAGUAUUAAAACCAGGACUUUAUUUUGUUUAUGCUCAAAUAUACUAUUCAGAUAAACAUGACAUCAAUGGAUAUUAUGUUAUGAAAAAUGAAGAAAAAAUACUUGGUUGUACUUCAACUCGACAUCAAGAUACCCAAUCAUCAGACUCGUGUUACACUGGAGGUCUAAUAUAUUUCGAUUCUAACGAUAAUUUAUCCAUAAAAGGUUUAGAUAGUGAAAGAUUUAUAAUUUUGGAUCCUGUCAAAAGUUUUUUUGGACUCUUUAGAAUUUCAAAAGAUGGUAAAAGAUAAAUAAACAUGUAUAUUUUUGUUAAUCAACAAUCAUAUAAUUUAUUUAAUAAUAAUAAUAAUAAUACAAACAGUAUAAAAAAUACUAUUUAAAAAUAUAACAUAAACAUAAUUUGGUUCAGUCAUAUGAUUGGACGGAUUGGUUGUAUUACAUUAUUAUUUAUUACAAUAUAUGCAUAUAAAAAUUAUUA